CACCGUUUUUCAUCCCUCGUAGUCGGUUGUGCGACUGCAAAUUUAGUAAGUCAUCAGCGUACCUCGAGUUCAGUUCUGAAAAGAAUUUUCUGUGCAAAAAUUUUGAUCUUAUUCCUUUUUGGUGUGUAUAAAAGUCCUCUUGAGAGGGUAAAAUUUUUCUGGCUGGGUGAAAUUUUUGCUACGCGAUUUCAAAGACGAGGUGUGGACCGUGAAUAAAAUUUGAAGAAAAAGAAAACGGAUCACAAAUAAUUAAGUGCAUCUAAUAAAAUUUGUGGAUAAAGUUGUUUCUUGAGAAAAUAAAAGUGCCAAACAAGUGAAACAGAAUUUAAGAAGAAUUAAAAAAGAAAGAAGAAAAUAAGUUUACCAAAAAAAGAAAAAAGGUAAAAAGUAUCUGACAGAUACCAAAGCAUCUUUUAGUGUGUGAUAUAAGUGAUUUUCAGUAUAGUGAGCAAGAAAGAGAAAAAAGAUAUUUUUCCUGCAUCAAAUCACAUCGAUAACACAAGCUGAUACUUUCAAUCCGCAGCUGUUAGGAGGACAUUUCUAAGUGACUGACAUCUCUUCUCGUCUGCAAAGAAAAAUUCGGUUAAUAGACGCACGCACAAUAACACAAAAAUGAAUUUCCUUAUUGUAUCAGCGGUACUGGUUAUCGCUUCAUUAUCACUACUGCCAACAAAAGCUCUGGGCACAACAGAGGUACAAGAGACACCAUUGGCACUGCCAGUUGUAGAACAAACACCACCAACAACAGUUGAACAAGGAGAAAUUUGGGAAGAGGACGAUCAUGAAAUCUUGAUUCGUAAUGAACGCGGUACAAAGACUGAUGGCAGUCAGAGUGGUCUGUCUUGUCGAUAUGGAAAGAAUCCAUGGUCAGAAUGUGAUGCUAAGACUAAUACCAGAUCAAGAACGUUGGCACUUAAGAAGGGCGAUCCAGGAUGUGAUCCCACAAGGACAAUUCAAAAGAAGUGCAAAAAAGCUUGCCGUUAUGAAAAAGGCUCCUGGUCCGAAUGCGCAACUGGCCAAAUGACACGAGCUGAUAAAUUAAAAUCAACAAGUGACCCAUCAUGCGAAGCAACACGUAUCAUCAAGAAGAACUGCAAGCCAGGCAAAUCCAAGGAUAAGAGCAACAAGGAACAACGCAAGAACAAAGACAAAGUUGCCCGCAAAGGUCGUGCUUAAGCUGUUAUUAUACCAACUAUAAUUGUUUCCCAAACUCAAAUGGUAUUAAACAAUUCUAAUAAUUAAGAUAAUACAAAAAAAUAAAAAUAUAAAAAAAUAAAACCAUCUUAAACAAAAAAAAAACAUUCUCAUACUCCAGUAAAGAAACAAUAACAAACACUUAUACAUACUCACAUACAAACACACACACACCAACCAAACCAUACCAACAUAAAACAAAACAAACUUUUACUAAAAUAAACUGUUCAAAAUCAUACUUAAAAUUUAAUAAAAUUACAUAAAACACAACAUGAACAGAGUUAAAAUUAAACCAAAAUAUAAAAUAAAAUUAAAACUAAAAAUAAAAAUAAACGUUCAUUACAUAUUAAGUUAUCAAAAAUGAAAUAGAACUUAAAACAAUUAAUAUUCAAUGGCAGCGAAUAUUACAAAAUAUUAUAAACACAAAAAAAUAUAUAAUUUAAAAACAUGAGUAUUUUAAAAAUUAAUUCUGAAAUAAUACAAACAAAAAUAAUCCCUCGAAACAGAAUUCAAAUAAAAUUCCAAAAAACAUAACAACAACAAAAACAUCAUACACUGAACGGAUAGGCAACUAAUAUUGUAUUUAAAUUAACAAACAAAAAAAACACAAAUAAUUAACAAAAAAUAAAACAUUUAACUUUAAAUAAAAAAAUAAAUAAAUAAAAUAAAACAACAGUAUUUGCAUUUUAAAUAUAAUUAAUAACAAAAACCAAAAAAGAAACUUAAUAAUAUUUUUCUUUAUGUUAUCUUUUUUGAAACAAAAUAGCAACUUUUACAUAGAUUGAAUAUUCUUCUCAAAAUACGAAAAACCAAAAUAAAAAUUACAAAAAAAUCUAUAUAUAUGAAUUAAUAUAAAACAAAACAAAAAAAUUAUUAGACUAUAUACACACAUACUACAUUGUACUUCUUUUGGUAAAACAAACAAAACAAAAACAAACAACAUCAACAACAAAAAGUAAAUAAAGAAAAACAAUUAUUGUAAAUAUUGUAUAAAAUAUAUACACAAAGAAAAAGAAAAUAAUUAAAAAAAAAUAAACAUCAGUUUGUGGCGUUAAAUUACAAAACAAAACAAAAAUCAAAACAAACAACAAAACAUAAACUUAAACAUUUUUUCAUUUCCAAAAAACCAUAAACUCUUUCAUUUAUUCUAAGUUUUUAUACUUCACAAGUUAUUUUAGGUUUUUUUAUUUUUUGAAAAACAAAUAAAAAUGAAAGGAAUGAAAAAAAAGAAAGUAAAAAAGAAAAAAACAUUUUAUUAAGUUUAACAUUUUAUAAUAAAACAAGAAAAAAAUAAAAUAAUAAAUUAAAUCGUUAAGAAAGAAGAAAAUGAAAAUGAAAAAAAAGCAACCGAAAAACAUAAUUUUCAAAAUGUGAAUUCCAAAACGGAACAAGAAGAAAUAAGCAUAAACCAUGGAUUUAUUGUAUGAAGAUGAUAAUGAAAUCUUUUUGUGAAAAUAAAAUGAAAUAUUAAAUAAAACUUUACGAUAAAAAUUUAAA